AGCCUACAUUUUCCCCCCGUCCGAUCCUGCCUAGCUGCUCAGAAUGGAGACACCCCUGGAGAAAGCCCUGGCCACCUUGGUGUACACCUUCCACAAAUAUUCUGGGAAGGAAGGAGACAAAUUUACCCUCAGCAAGAUGGAGUUGAAAGAGCUGGUGAAGAAGGAGCUUGCUUUGGGAGAGAAGCUGAAAGACAGUGGGAUCGACAAGCUGAUGGGGACCCUGGACAAGAACAACGACGACGAGAUUGACUUCAAGGAGUACACGGGCUUCCUCUCCGCUCUCUGCAUGACCUACAAUGAUUUUUUCCAGCAGGAUGCCAAAUAGGGGGGGGGAGAGUGCCUUCGGUUGAGGCCCCGCAGCGUCAAGACCCUACG